GAGGCUUCACCGUUUCUUUCCUGGUUUUCUCCCCAUCCAACAAAACCUUUCCGCAUCACAAUCUGCAACUCCUAACAACCGUACUGUACUGCAUCAUGGCUGCUACUGCGUCAAUGGAUGUGGCUAUUGUCGGUGCUGGGGCGGCUGGCCUUACCGCUGCCUAUGAUCUCAUUCAAAACGGCAACAACCUGAGGGUAAAGAUUCUGGAAGCAAGGGACAGAUUUGGAGGCCGUGUGAAGGAACUGGAGGACUUUGCUGUUUUGGACUCGACCGGCAACAGGAGCAGCAACAGUAGUAGCAUUCCUAUUGAUUUGGGUGGAGAAUGGUUGCAUGGCGAUCCUUCCAUGUUGGACGAAAUUGCUGGCUUUGCAGUCAACGUCGAGACGAUCGAUUGGCGUCCGUACUCGUACCGCUACAACCAAGACGAUGAUUCCUGGUGGUCACGCUUGUGGUUUACCACGGACGAUCACAAGUUUGUCAACUCGACGUGGUACGACUUUUUUGACACGCACAUUGCCACUCCUGCCGUGAAGGAACAAAUCGUAUACGACUGUGCCGUGGUCACAGUGGAUUAUUCGACGGCUCCGGUAGUGUUGGAAUGCGCCGAUGGACGCACAUGGACGGCCCAACAAGUGAUACUCACCGUACCCGUGCCGAUACUGCAACAAGACAUUACAUUUAUACCGCCGUUGCCCGACUCGCAUCGUCAAGCCAUUGACAACCUGGAUAUACUGGCAGGUCUCAAGGUAAUUCUCAAAUUCCAAGAAAAGUUCUACUACGAUGCCUUUACCAUUGAACCCUGGGACUUUGCCGCGGAAAGUGGACGUUUCUUUUACAAUCCAUUCGAUAAUCAACCACACGACAAUGCCGACUCCAAGAAUAUCCUCACGAUUGAUAUCUCGGGACUAUUCGCAGAGCAGUACAUUGAUUUGGAAGAUGAUGAGAUUGUCCAAAUCAUGAUUCAAGAUUUGGAUGCGGUCUUUGGUGGCAAUAAUGCCAGUACGCACCUGUUGGAUUCCUUUGUCCAAAACUGGAGUGCCCGAAACUAUACACGGGGCGUCUUUUCCGGGAGCAAUUGGCGAUCCAUCAUGACGUUGCGAGAACCCGUUGAAGGCGUCAUUGUCUUUGCCGGGGAAGCCAUUCCCUAUCGAGACUUUGAUUGGGGCUAUGUGCACGGGGCAGCGUUCAGCGGGAGAGCCGCGGCAGACUUGAUCACCGUCACGGCGUCCCCGACCGUCUCUCCUUCGAUGAUGUCAGACAACAACUCAACGACGACGAGUGCGUCCAUCAUUAUGGCCGGGAGGACUGGAGAAUGGCCAUGAGCUAAUAGGGUUGCGGACAAACCGCCACGGCUGGUUGCGGGCCGAGGAUUCGAGGAUUUGCCAGUGGCUCGUGCAGUGAUGUUACCUUUCAGCUACGGCGGUACGGCACAUAGACAGCUCAAGUCCAUUGCAAUUAUCGGCUGAAGGACUAAACAGUGUGGCAUCCACCCGUAGCUUUGUAACAAGAUGUCUAGCUAGCCAGUUCGACUCUCGGGUCUUGUGCUAUAGCAUUAUACUCUACUACCAUAAGGGUGAUGUGGCUGUUCCUUGCGUGUACUUGGAGACCUCCCACUCCUGAUUGUACGAGUGCUUUGUAAUCUUGUUUUGUGUGGUACAGAGAAGCACUUGGUUAUUCCAUUGCUUGAGACAGGGUGCGCUUCCUCGACGCAGUACUCUCCUUCUUGUCCGCUGCUUCCUUUGUCUCCGGGCCUUCAAGAGCUGCCAUGGCAUACUUGGCAGGGUCCACUCCAGAGAGAUGGGGAGAUAGAAAGUAAUACAAACAAUCCACUCGAUCCUGCACUUCUACCAACGCUUCCACAAAUUGCUUGAGAACCGGCUUCUUGUCAAGUUGGUCUAGUUCCAUAUUGGACAAAUGAGUUUCUUUGGCAUGCUGGAUCCUUGGUCCAUACUGAAUCGAUUCCAAGGUUUCAUCGCUGAAGACAUUGUAAGAGGACACUACAUGUAGCUCGACACGCUUCAAGUUGGGGUUGCCGCGAAGGACUUCAAUUAUCGGCUGCCAGUCUUCUUGGUGGUGCCCAAACCUUGAACGGCCAACUCUGAUUGUGAACCGCUGAAGCCCCUUGGAUGAUAGCUUGCGAAGGCAAUCUUCCAUGUUCUGAAGUUCCAUUAUGAAUGAGAUCCUACGCCAACACAAAAUACUAAGGUCUUGCAGGUGGACAAACGUUUGGGCAACUUGACGAAAGAGAGAUUCAUGCGUCCCAUUGUCCCCAUAGUCCUCGCACGUGAAAUCUUGGAGGGUAAGAGAGCAAAGGUUGGACGGAAGAUGCUGUACCAGAGAUGCCAUUCCUCUUGCUGCUGAUUGGUUGCCGCAUUCAAGUUUCACGUGUUUGACGCGAGGCAUGGCUUCAAAUAUGGUGUCGACAAAGAGUUUUGGGUUGACAUGGGAUUCUUUUACAUCGAUGAACUUCAAAUGGACUGUGGCUACAUCGUGACAGUCGCUCAAAGCCUCAUGCAGCUGCUUCUUCCCUUUCGGCUCGCUGGGAUACAAAACCACCCGGACUGCUGGAUAAUCCGGUCGUUUUUUUUUGUUAGUUCGUUCCACAACGCCGCUAAGAUACCCAAAGUCGACUGAGACCAUUUUGACGCGAGGCAUGGCUUCAAGCAGUUGUGCCUAACUAAAAUGAGCUAAAAUUGAGCUUUCAAGUACGUUA